GGAGACGGUGCUAUCUCGGUCUCGUCUACAAUUGACACAUCCGACCGACCGGUUCAUCUAUCAGCAACAGUGACCUCCACUGAACCACCCCCGGACGACGGGUUCCAGGUGUCGGCCCAAGUUGUAUCGGGCCACCUGGUCGAAAUUGGUGGGUUGCAUCAUCGCAAACGAAAAUUUAGUGCUUUGCUAAUCUACUGCAUGGACGCGCCACGGAAUUCUUUUGGGCUGUUCGUUGUUCAGGUUUAUGCGACGGAAAAGCCGCACCUUUCUUAUUCAGCUGCCGUCAACCUUAUUAUCGUCAUCAAUGCAUGCGGUAUUCCAAUUCGCGCGCCCUGCGGAUACUUGGCCGAUCGAUGCAUUGGCCCACUUAACUGUCUGAUUCCCUGGAUAGGACUAUGCGGUAUUCUAAUUUUCUGUUGGGCCGCAGUUCAUACUGUCGCCGAACUCUAUGUAUUUGCCGUAUUCUACGGUCUGGUCUCGGCAGCCGCUAUGGCUUUGUUCGCCGGUACUGUACCUUCCUUGACUGAAGACCUGAACAAAAUUGGAACUCGAGUUGGAAUGGCGCUCACGUUGAUGAGCUUCGGACCCUUAACUGGCCCUUCUGUCGCGGGGGCGCUGAUAGUUCGGACGGGAGGUAGCUAUCUUUCUGGACAGAUCUGGGCAGGUGCGGCCUUGAUUGUAGGAGUGUUGACUCUGGUUGGGGCGUGCAUCAUUAUAUAUGGACCUCAUCUUCGAGUGAAAUUAUAG